GCGACGAGUUAAGUGCGGCCCAGGCCGGGCGGCCUCAUCCGCCGGCCUCCGCCAUGGACUGUCCGCGCGCCGGCCACAGGCUGCGGGUGGUUCUGGGACACCUCAGCGGACCCUCGGCCCCAGCGAUUGUAGCCCAUCCCAUAUCAGGGCAGGCUUCCCACGUCAGUGUCUAUCCUCAACAAUUCCAGUAUACUUUGGAUAAUAAUGUCCUAAGCCUGGAGCAGAGACAAUUUUAUGAAGAAAAUGGGUUUCUCGUUAUUAAAAAUCUGGUGUCUGAUGAGGACAUUCAACGUUUUCGGGCCGAGUUUGAAAAGAUCUGCAGAAAGGAGGUGAAACCACCAGGGAUAGUGAUAAUGAGAGACGUGACCAUUGCAAAACUGGACCACACACUAGGUGAGCACGUGGUUUCCAAGAUCCAGGAUUUCCAAGAAGACGAGGAGCUCUUUCGAUACUGCACCCUCCCCGAGAUUCUGAAAUAUGUGGAGUGUUUCACUGGACCCAAUAUUAUGGCUCUGCAUGGAAUGUUGAUAAAUAAACCUCCAGAUUCUGGCAAGAAGACAUCCCGGCAUCCCUUGCAUCAGGAUCUGCACUAUUUCCCCAUCCGGCCCAGUGACCGCAUUGUGUGUGCCUGGACAGCCAUGGAGCACAUUGACAGAAACAAUGGUUGUCUGGUUGUGCUCCCAGGCACCCACAAAGGCACUCUGAAGCCACAUGACUACCCCAAGUGGGAGGGAGGAGUUAACAAAAUGUUUCAUGGCAUCCAAGACUACGAGAAAGACAAUCCUCGUGUGCACCUGAUUAUGGAGAAGGGAGACACAGUUUUCUUUCAUCCUCUGCUCAUCCAUGGAUCCGGACGGAACAGAACACAAGGAUUCCGCAAAGCAAUUUCCUGCCACUAUGGCAGCUCUGAUUGUAACUAUAUCAGCGUGAAGGGCACCAGUCAAGAAAACAUCGAGAAGGAAGUUACAGAGAUAGCAGGAAAGAAAUACAUUGGACUCCAAAGCAGCAUUGACUUAAAGGAUACUUGGAUAUUUCGAGCCCGACUUGUGAAAGGAAAAAGAAUAAACCUUUGAAAUAGCCCUUCAAGAGUUAAGCAUGGUGAUGCGUUCCCAUAAUCCCAACACCGAAGAGGCUGAAAUGGGAGCAUCAACAUCAAGAGUUCAAGUACAGCCUGGGCUACAUAGCAAGAUUCUAUUCCUGCCCCAUGAACAAAACAAAAUGAAUUAGCUCUUCAUUGUGAUUUUUAAAAAGGAAACAAUCAAAGCAAAGCAAGAUGUCUAAGAAAAAUGUUUUCUUUCUGAGAUGAUAGCAUCUUUUCUAUUACCUGUUAACAAAAUCAAGACACAUGUACGGGGACUUAAUUUCAUGGCUUUAAUUCUGCAGUUCUUUCAUGGAAUGAAACAUUACUGUUUUCAGAAAAACUCACUUGGGGUCUAAUAAAGGUGACUGAGUGUAAUGUAA